AGUCAGGCUCGAGACACCCGCGAGAACGGAGCGGUGGUUGCCUCCCUUAUUCGGUACGUACGUUCAAUGCGUCCCCUCCAUCACCCCCUGCCCACCUAACAAGAGUCUCGACUAUCGAGGCAGUGUCGCGCAGAGUGUCGUACGAGGCGUAUUGCUCCGCCUAUCCAUAACCCCUUCGUUAUAUCGGUGUUCCUUUUUAUACAUAUAUAAUAUAUCUGCAACCCUCGUGUUUCGAUUUGUGCCGCGUUCGAACGAACCGACCUCGGUGAACUUAUUAGACCGGCCAACGAUCGAAACGAUCGUAGAGAGAAAGGAGAAGGCGGAGAAGGAGAAGGAGGAGGAGGAGGAGGAGGAAAAAGAAGAGGAGGAGGAGGAGAAGGAGGAGAAAGAAGAAGAAGAAGCUUCCAUAGGAGUUUCUGCCGAUUACACAAGGCGAAUCCCUUAAAAAGAACGAAGACAGUGGCGGAUACGCUACGCUAGCGGUCGAGUGUCCACGGUGCGACUGUCCGACGAUCCAGGCGCGCCAUAAUGGCGGAGGUGGCGACCAAGAAGUCGAUCAAUGUAUUGGAUAACAUAACCGCGAGUAACAAGCAACUAAUAUCGUUGUGCGAGAGCAACGACGACGAGGACGAUCUAAUCCUGACUAACAACACCCGUAACGAAUUGGACACGGACGACAAAAGCCUUCAGGAGUUGAUCGAGAGCGAGCUGGCGCUGAGAAUUUGCUCCAACGCCGGAGAGACGGAGGAGGAGGAGGAGGAGGAGGAGCAGGAGGAGAACGGAACCGGUAUAGAGAUGGACGGGGAAGAAGGGAAGGAGGCGGAAACGGUGAGGAGGAUCGUGCUCGACAGGCAGCAGGAGCAGGUGGACGUGAACGCGGAAUUCAUCGCCGCGGAAACGGAGCACUCGUCGGGUUUGAUCGGGAAACCGAUAUACAGCUAUCAGAACGGGCACGUGUCGCCCGACGCGGGGGUCGCGGACACGCGUUGCUACGAGGGGGACGCGAAGCCGAUCGCGGCCGGUUACCGGGAGGGGGAGGGGAAGCAAGUGUUGGAGGAGCUGCCGGAAGUUGGCAGCGGGAUAGCAAUCGAAGAAACAACGACGCGCGAGAUCGAUGAGGGGCCACGUGACCGGGCGGCGGACGAUGGCGGAUUCGAGCCGCGGAACGAGGAGGACAACGAAGACCCGUGUCCCGAUUAUCCCGCCCUUCGGCCUGCCGAGGCCGCGGACAGACUGCCGGAUGUCCACGCGAUGAGCCAGGAGUCGUUCGAGGAGGAGCGGGUUACCGCGAAACCAGCCGCAUACGACGUCGACAAGUAUCGGGAGGGAAUAGAGGUUCGGUCUGUGAUUUCGGACGCGGGUGUGGGCCCCGAUGCGGAGAAAUUGGACGGUGGGGCGAUGGAGGGCGAUGACGACGAUGUUGGGGGUGGAGGUUCGCGGAAGAAGGACGUUGGAGGGCUGGACGCGUGGACGGAGCGGGGAAAUUACGGGGAGGAGGAUCAUCGGCAGAUGAUCGGCCAAUUCUCGGAUAAUUUCGAUCAGGGCUCGUGCCAAGAGGGGGUGGAGGAGUUGCUCUGCCCGGCCGAGGAAUUCGGGAAACGGAUGCGGGGGGACGAUGACGAAUCGAAGAGGAUCGAUCCCUUCGACGAUAUCGCGAUAUCCGAAUCGGCCGCGUUCGAGUCGAAAGUAUCGAGCAACGAUAAGUCUUGCGGCUCGUCGGAGGAGAAAAUUCUCGUCGAGGAAGUAUCCGUUCCGGGGAAACCGGUGGACGUCGAGGAAGAACCGGAGGAAGAGGAAGAGGAAGAGGAGGAGAAGGAGGAGGAGGCACGUGGCACGCCAAUUACGCGGUGCAAAAGUUUCGACGACGAAACUUCGAGGCAUCGUUUCGAUAGCUCGAUGGACGCGGCGAGCACGGAGGAAUUUUUGGACACGGAACGGCGAGUGUUGAACGAGGAGAAUUGCGACGAGCGAUAUCCGCAGCGGGAUUCGAGAGGGUUGGAGGAGGAGGAGGAGGAGGAGGAGGAGGAGCAGGUGGAGGAAGAGUUGAGGGCCAAGGAGGAGGAGGGGGAGGAGGAGUCGAACGACAACAUGGACGAGCAGAACGCGAUCACGAAAUCGUCGAGCGAGCUUUCCGUGUCCGAGCCGACGUUCAUCGAGAAGACGGAGGUGGUCAUAUCCGAAAGCAGCGUGAAGAUCGUCUCCGAGACGCAGUGCCUCGAGAUCGAGAGCGAGGAACAGCAGCGAGAGGAAGUCGACGAGGAAGUCGAGCAACGAGCGGAGAACAGCGGCGAACUCGUAUCGCCGGCUCGCGCGCCCCUUGCCACCCCCGACGACGAGACCAGCGACGUUUCUAACGCGGGUGAUAGCGAAAGCCGAGAGGAAACAAUAACGACGAGCGCGACAACUGUGACCUCGCAAAGCGCGAAGGGUGGGACCAAGACGAAGAAGAAGAAGAUCGAGGGCGUCGCCGGUAAUGAUGCCUCGCCCAAUCUCACUCCCCGCACAAAGAAGACCAAAAAGAGCAAGAAGAACGAGCUCGAGAAGGAAAAUAUUUCUGUGAACUCUAACUUGCAAGGGACGAGCAUGCACCCUGGUCCCCGGCAGAUGAACUCGGAAACCCUUGAUUUCUCGGACGAGGACGAUCUGUCGAACGUGAACGUGAAAUCUCUGACUCAGAAUUAUGUAUCGGAGGCGACGCGAAACGAGCAAGAUCGAUGCACGAAGGAAAAGAUCGCGACAGGCGUGUCGAUCAAACAGUUGUGUCGUAGUUUUGGCGACAUCUCGAACAUGAGCGACGGCGAUCAGACGGCAUAUGGGAAAACGAAUCACACGAUGGACACCGAGGAGAAAGCAAGGUCGCUGGGUGAUCUGAGAGUAUGCGAGAAGGGUUACUCGAAGUUCGCCAAAGACGCUCUCGUCUUCACCGGGGUGUCGGUCAAGGCCCUCAGGGCUUCCUACUGUAGUUUGGCAAACUUAACGAGCGAGGGUAAUAAGGACAGGGAUCGACCUAGGCUCGAGAAGUCGAGCUUCAAUAAAUUCGACGCCCUCAGCAAGAAGACGGUGCUGCAUGUGCGCUCGAUCGAUGCUGGCAAAGUGCAACAGCAGCUGAACGCCGUGGGUCAGAACGGCGACACGAACCCGAACUGCCGCAGCUGUGGCAAGGUCGUCUUCCAAAUGGAACAGACAAAGGCCGAGGGUCUGGUCUGGCACAAGAAUUGCUUCCGGUGCGUCCAGUGUAGCAAGCAGCUUAACGUGGACAAUUACGAGAGCCACGAGAGCACGCUUUACUGUAAGCCACACUUCAAGGAACUCUUCCAACCGAAACCGGUUGAGGAGUCCGACCAGCCUGUGCGACCUCGAAAGCCGGAGCUGAUCAUACGGGAGAACGAGCCGAAAGAGUUGCCGCCCGAUGUGGUCAGAGCCUCAGACAAACCGGACCUGGGCCUCGAGGAGUUGUCGAGCCUGAACGUGAAGUCCCGGUUCCAAGUGUUCGAGAAGGCCGGCGCCGAGACUAACGAGAUCGAAAGGUCGCCGUCGCAGAUCGCCGUGAAGAGGUCCCCAAGUAUCUUGAGCAAACUCGCCAAAUUCCAGGCGAAAGGCAUGGAUAUCGGAGUUGCGGACGAGUCGUUGAAUGGGAUCCCUUACGAAGAGUCGAGCGAGAGCGAGGAGGAGGAAGAGGCGGAGGAGACGGAGGAGGUGGACAGCGAGAUCGUGAAGGCGAAACGCGCGACCCGCGAGCGACCGAUCAGCUUCACGAAAAUGGACGACAUAAAGAAUCGUUGGGAGACGACCAGCCAGCAGGGGAGACGGGAGGUUCAACGGGAGGCCAGGAAGGAGGAGAUAGCUGGAAUUCGUUCGAGAUUGUUCAUGGGCAAACAGGGUAAAAUGAAGGAGAUGUAUCAGCAAGCGGUAGCCGGAAGCGAGCGCGUGACGAAGAUCAAUGCGGCGGAGGAGAUCCAACACUCGACCCACGCUCGUUCCAUCAAAGAGAGAUUCGAACGUGGCGAGCCCAUAGCCGCGUCCGACGACGAGACCGACAGCAAACCGAAACCGGAGAAGGCUGACGAGGAAGUGAUCGCAGCAGGGAUCAGCAGGAAGUCUCGGUCGCUCUUCCUGGAACUGGACGCGACCGCAGCCAAAACUGGAAGACCGGUCACCCCUGUGAACCCGAAGACACCGGCCGAACAAUCGCGACGCGCCAGAGACGCAUUCAUGGGACGGCAAGUCUCAGAUGACGUGGUGCGAAGCUCGGACACCACCGAGGAGGUUCAGGUCGAGACCUCGGACAUUUCGAAUAAGUUCAAAUUUUUCGAGUCGUACAAGGAGCCGGAGAAACAGCGGAAGCAGUUCCGAAUUACCCCUCCGCGCGACGGUCAAGUCAAGAUGGACUCCCCUGAGCGCGAGAUAUACCGCGAUCCAGACGUGGUGAGAGCCGACGACAGGGUGAACGAGGUGGUGCACACGGACACAGCGAGAAAGAUGCUCUCGAUCUUCCGGCAAAUGGAGGAGAACGCGUGCAAGAAGGAAUUGCCGAACGGGCCGAAACCUUUGAAACGCUUCACGCCGCCCCCGGAGGACAAAUACGCGAAGGCGACCGCGUCGGACUCCGAGGAGGACGAGGACGAGGACGGCGAGGAGUCGGAAGGCGAGGACAGCGGCGAGGAAAGGGAUCCUAACUACGUGCGAGCUUCCGAUAAGGUUGAGGACGAGUUUUUGAAGCAAGCGCAGAACGCGGCCCGCGCAAAAACCUUGUGCGCGAAAUUCGAACACUGGGAGGAGACGGAUGGGAAAACGACGACGAGCAAUCAGCACAUCGCCGAGAUGGAAAUCGCUCAAAAUUCGUCCGGGGAACAGCUGAGCAUAGAGUCUGCGAGCAGUCUGAGAGCCCGUUUCGAGUCCCUCGGCUCGCAAACGAACGAAUCGCCGCGCACACCUAAGGUCAAAGUCAAUCGAUUCGUGUAAGGGGGCACCGGAAGUGGAGGAUCGACGAGAGGCCCAAGAAGACGGACCGAGGAGGGCCUGACGAAGAGGAGCGAAUAGAACGUUAGAGGAUAACGAGCGAACGAGCACAAAUGCGCACACACACAUGAACACAAACACAAAUACACGCAUACACACACAUACAUACAUGCAACGAAGAAUAUACGAGUAUAUACAAUUAUAUUCGUUGGAGACUUGCGCUUGGAGAGGAGCAACAACCGGCGGCUUCGUUGUCCGGGAUCAUUGUGCGGUUUUUACGUUUUUUUUAGAAGUCUUUUUCUAACAAAAGCGUUUCUUUUUUAGUGAAACUAGCGUAGAUUGUAUGAUAUUGUACCGUACACCGAACGCGAGGGUCGACGAACGAGAGAUAACGAGAUACGUCGAGCACUAUGUGCAUCCGAAAACCACGGUAGGCUCAAUCCGAGCAAAUUAAGCGGAUCAAUCGAUGGAAUUGAAACUCGUUGCAAUACUUUAAGCAUCGCCUGUCCCUGCCACUCUCUCUAUCUACACUCUCGCAAUUUAAUCGAGCGCUCGACGUAUCGACGAUGAAUCGACGAUCGUUUCAACGCUCUCGCUAAAUCGAUAAAUCAUCAUCCCCUCCCGCUUAGUGUUGUUGGCCGCCGAAUUUUUUUCGAGUCGAAAAAUUUGUAUACACAUUUUUAAUACCUUUCAAUGCGAUAUUAUUAUACGUUCGAAUCGUGGAAACACGAGAUGGACCGAGCCUCUUGAGGACGCAGCAGCAAGUAGAUAUUUGGAGAUGGAUAUAUUUUAUCGCGUGCCAAAUGGAGAUUGGAGAUACGUCACGUUUGUUACGCGCGUCGAUGUACACAUACACACACAAAUAAUUUGUACCAUUGUGAAAAUUACUUUGCGAUAGGGUGCCAAAUUGAGUUGAAUAACUAUCGAUCGAAUCUACUAUCGUUGCGUGGAUGAGACCAGAUCGUCUCUUCGAACAAAUUCGAUUCUCUUUUUCUUCUUUUUUCCGAGUGCCAAGCUCGAAGGCGAAAAGUCGAGAAGAAAGACAGACGAAAAGCUUAGAAAAGAGAAUUGUACUGUAAGUAGUAGUGGUAUGAGGCGUAUAUAUCGUUUUUCGAGAUGAAAAGAGUUGAUUAAGAUCGCGUCACAGUUUUGCGAUAAUCAAGGUCCAAGCUAUAGACGUACUUAGGAUCUUUUACGAGCUUUUUCGAACGCUUUACACGAUUUCGAGUCUUUUUUACAGCAUGUCGGACGAUAGAUCUAGAUUGUCUAUCCGUUAGAGACGAUUAGAGAAGGAGAAGGCGAGCAAAAAGAAAAAAAAAAAAAAAGAAAACAAUCGAUUAUCGUUGCCUGGAAUGAAUUUUCUCGUCGACACGUUCCAAAAAAAAAGAAAGAAAAAAAAAAAAAAAAGAAGAAAUCGCAAUACCAUUUUUUACAAAGAGAUAGAUCUACAUAUUAUAUAUACAUUUAUACAAGUUUAUACGAUAAAACGUUUAGUACGAUCAAUCGUUUGAUGAUCGAACGCUCUUAAAGGGUUCGCACACUAAUACUGAUAAUAAAAGUUCGAAGAAGUCGGCGAAGAAGAUUCAGAAAAACGAGAUAAUCCAGAGCGAUAUAAGGGAAUCGAAGGGAGAUUCAUUGUCAUUUAUCGAGCUCCUCCUUGUCGCGUAUAAUCGGAUCGGUGAAUUGAACGCACGAAAAAACCAUCGUUCCUUACCUACCUAGGGAAUAAAUAUCGAGUCUCGAACGAACGUUAUCAUUUAUUUUAUAUAAUUUUUUGUAUAAUGUUCGAUGAGCGGAUGAUACACGAGGGAAUCGUAGCCUCGUUAAAGGGUUAGGCUUCCCCGCAAUGGCAUUCGAAGAGGAAGAAAAGAAGAGAGGGCGGAUAUAUUUAAUUCUUUCGUCAUUGCCAAACGCGGAUGCACAGUACGCAUCCAUAUACGUAUACAUAUGAAUAUAAUAUAAUAUUAUUAUAUGUUUAUCAUAGAAGAACGACGUAUAUCGAAUCCCUUUUUGAUCUAUUUAGAUGAGCGCACCCGAAGGAGAAAGGAAGGAGAAAGAGAAUCCUGAAAUCGAUUUCGAUCGCGUUUGAUUGUUGGAUUAUUUUGUUCGUUCUGAAUGAAACGAAUGAAAAUGAAUUUGAAUCGAUAAUGGAAGGAAGAUGUCGAGACAAAUUUUUUUCAUUCUUUCUUUAUAUAUAUAUAUAUAUAUAUGUAUGUCUAGAGACGCCAUAGGAAUUGCGACUAGAGAACGAAAAGGAAGAAAAGGGAAUGAGAGGGAAAGAAUUGGCGAAUUGAUAAAACGUCGAAUCGAAUUACAAUUUCAGGAUUCUCUUCUUUUCUGUAUCGAGAAUCGACAAGUUUUACGAAGGUGCAAGAUUUUUAGAGGCAUUAGUGACUUUUUUAAUCAAAAAUUAUAGAGAGAACGAAAUAGAAAAGGUGUGUGUGUGUGUAUAUGUGUAUAUAUGUAUAUAUACACACACACCUAAAUUCUCUACACGACUUGGUAUCUCUUUUCCUUCGUUGAUGAAAUCGAUCAAGAAACACUUACUUCUCGACGAUGGAAUUUUUUCAGUGCAAUAAUUUUUUAAAGGUUGUCGAGACAAUGUAAACGUACAUACAUACAUAUACGAGACAUAUUCGCGUGUUUGUUAUUAAUUCGGCGAGAGUUAAAUGUUUAUGUAUGCGAGUAAUUUAGUUGAUCGAUCGAUCGCUUGAUUUCACGGCCUACUAUUGCGAUUACUUUUCACGUAGACUUUCGUUGCGUCUUGGAUUGUAUAAUUUUUAGCGACGUAUGAUAUGACUUGUUAUUUACCGUUUACCUUUCACGUGUAACAAUUUAUUACGACCAUAUUAAAAACGAUAAAUAAAAGGGCACAUCCUGACGAAAA